AUGGGUAGUUUGCUUUCCUUGCACACGGCACUGGAACAUGUCAAUGCCAGGCUGCUGGAACUGUACCCUGAUGAUGAGGAACGGUUCGAUAUCGUUCUGAUGACUAAUAACCAUGCCCAAGUGGGAGUGAGGCUCAUAAACAGCAUCAAUCACUAUGGCUUAACAAUUGAACGUUUCUGUAUGACGGGAGGAAAAAGCCCUGUUGGUUACCUGACUGCAUACCUGGCCAACUUGUACCUCUCAGCAGACUCUGAAAAAGUGCAAGAAGCUAUAGAAUCAGGCAUUGCAGCAGCUACGAUGUUCACUGCCAGCAAAGAGGUUGCCUACUCGGAUACACAGCUGAGGGUGGCAUUCGAUGGGGAUGCAGUUCUCUUUUCUGAUGAAUCAGAACAGAUUGUCAAAGAGCAAGGAUUAGAUAGAUUUUUUGAGCACGAACAGCUGAAUGAAAAUAAGCCUCUUGCACAGGGUCCUUUGAAAGGUUUUCUGGAAGAUCUAGGGAAACUCCAGAAGAAGUUCUAUGCAAAAAACAAACGGUUAGAUUGUCCUAUAAGGACCUUCCUGGUUACAGCCAGAAGCGCGGCGAGCUCUGGAGCCAGAGUGCUGAAGACUCUUCGUAGCUGGGGUCUGGAGAUUGAUGAGGCACUUUUCCUAGCAGGAGCUCCUAAAGGACCAAUCCUGGUGAAAAUCCGCCCUCACAUUUUCUUUGAUGACCAGAUGUUUCACAUUGAAGGAGCACAGAAAUUAGGCACCGUUGCUGCGCACGUUCCCUACGGGGUUGCGCAGAAGUACCACAAAUCUGAAUGACUGGGUGGCACCAGGAACAAUAGGGUUCUUAACUCAGCCAGCCUCUAAUAGACCACUAGUUAUGUCUGAAAACCUCUACAUUUGGAUAUUUUAAGCACUGUGUUUAAAGAUUUAACUUGUGGCUAGAGCAGCCUUUAAAGGAAAUAUUUUUAAUAUAGCUAAGUUUU